CCUGUGAAGGUCAGGUCACGCCCCCUCCGACAGCACUCAUAGGCAUGGAAUCUAAAGGAAGCACCCGAAGCGGAAGCAAACCUGAUGCCAAGGCCGCCAGCUCUGGAAAGCCAGAGAAGCCCAUCCCCGGGCCUGCUAUGAAUGCAGACAAGAAGGAAACCCCCUCCAAGGAGCAGCCCACCCCUGUGGCCACAACGAAGAAGGCAGCCAGCGAGGCCGCUGCACUGAAUAACCACAGCAAUCUGAAACCCAACCCUGCAGCCCCGGAGGUGCAAGAGGCCACCGGCCAGUCCCCUGACUCUGAGCACAAGGGAAACGGCGCGGAGGAAUCCUCAGGCAGUGUCUUCGACAAUGUGAAGCCAUUGGCCAUUGUUGGAGGCGUGGUGGUGGCUGCUAUUGCUAUAAUUCUGGGAGUGGCGUUCCUAGCCCGGAAAAAAUGAAGACUGAGAAAGGGUUGGGGGAGAGAAAUAUAAUCAACUGUACAGUUCCUUUUGAAACACAUGCAUGCAGUAAAUUCUAUACAUAUCUAUACAUAUAGAGAGAGAGCACUAGAUAGGGUAACUACAGCACCAACAACUACGCCAAAAGUCUUGUUCCAAAGGAGCCGUGCCAGUUUGACCAGUAUGGGUACUCCAUGCACUCAAUAUGUGCUUUCGUGUAAUAUAACUUGGCUUGUACAACUGUGUAUAGAUUACAGCUUCUUCUGAUCAGUGUAAAUGCCGGUGUUCCCUCUCCCACGCUCCUCCCCAGGAGACUCUCCACUUUCCCAUAGUCCCAGCAUUUCCAAGAAGAGGUGUUCUACAUCCCAUCCUGAGUCCCUGCUCUAUUUAUGUUGAUGUUUUUUAAUUGGGUUGUGGUAGAGAAGAGGAAAGGGAAUAGUACUAAGAUUCAGUUCAUCAAUUAUUGUGGUUUAUUAUUAAUAUUGUACCCCAACUUGUGCUGGGCGCUUUGCAGACAUGUAAGAAGGCAACUCCGAGCUUAUGGCCUAAUAGAUACAUUAUGUUCCUAAUGCUUAUCACCCAACCUUUAAAAACAGACAAGACGGGAGUGACCCAUAGCUGGAGGUGAGCUGACUGUGUGAUAUAGAAAAGUGUAGAUCACAUGGCAUUAUAGAACCUUUUCUUUGUCUGAGAUGCAAGCCAGUAGCUACAGUGAAGCUCAAGUGGCAAAUAUGUCUCACUGAGAUCUACAGUGCCGUUUGCAGCUCAUGGAGGCAACAUACAAGGCUUGGGGUCCCAUCUCAUCUUUUAGUCAUACAGGGGACAGUUUCAAUCUGCUCCAUUUUAUGUAUAGUCGGGGCAGCCCCAGGUACCCAGCCAUUUGCCAACGCAGAUAAGGCCAAUGAGACAGAGUUUGGGCAUUCCUGCCCUAGAGGGUGAUAGACUGUUUUGGACAUAAUACAGUGUCUGAUAAACUUAAACUGGCCUCAGUAGUGCACUAAGGGCCCAAUCCAAACUGCACUGAUGUCCAUUGGAGUUUUUCCAUUGACUUCAGUGGGCUUUGGCUCAGGCCCUUAAUCCUGGUGCUUUUCCAUCAAAGGUUGAUCUCUCCUUGCGUGUGGUAGAAGGCAGACAAGAACUGGGCUUUAAGGGCAAGCAGCAAAUUAAGCACUAUGGGAAUGACAUACAUGAUCCCCUUUACGCUGGGAAAACCAUGUGCAAAAGUGAUGAAAACAGAUGGGGCUUGGAGAGAUCUUCUACCCCCUAAUUUGAGUCUACUAGGAAGAUGUGAAACAUCCAUCUCUUGAAAGUGGAAACAAUCUCCCAAAACUUGGGAACAGCCUGGUUUCUUUGCUGGGGCGUGGGGGGUGCGGAAGGGGUGAGAUCUAAAACCAGACCAUGGGUAGGAAGGGAGAAGUAAGAGAGAGGGUAGAUGGAAGCUCCAUUUACUACAUUCUGAGAAGAUGGGACACACAACUCUUUGGAGGGAUGAGUGACCUUUCCAGACUCAGAACUUCCAUUACGACCCCCAUUUGCUGCUGCUUCUAUAGUAUGGAAAGGAUUCUUUAGCCAAUGUUUUGUUUUAAAUGGAGCCAGAAUUGAAACAGAAUAACCCAGAGUCAUUGGAGCUCAGCAGUAGUACCUGCUAACCGGUGAGUGGUACACAGGCUAGACUGUGGUGUCUAGUGUCACAGUUUUGCAGCGAUGAUUGGCAAAGAUACUGUACAAAAGCCAGAGAAACCGGUCCACAUUCAGAGGGAAUGUAGAAGGUGGGGUGUAAGUUACAUGUCUGGAAGGGAGCCUGAGCAUCCAGGAGUAUAAGCCAGUAUAAGGGCUGGAUGAAGCAUCAAUUAUGCCAAGUCUCUUAGUUUCUUACCCCAGAUUUCUUGCAUCUUCCACUGAUACAUCUAGUAUUGGCCACUGGUGUUCAGGGGCGGCUCUACCUUUUUGGCCGCCCCAAGCAG